AGAAUUUAGAUAAGGUUUUAAUGAUCAAUUAUGAUAAUGCGAAUGUUUACAUCUCCUCAACAUAAAUACUCAAAUGUAAAGACAAUACGACAACGUAUAACUCUUAUUCAUUAUUCUUCAACUAAGACUCUCUUCCUCCCCCAGAGUCUUUACUUCAACUCAUACUUCCUCUUCAGCCACUCUCAUGCUUCCUCUGUGAUCUUCUACGCUUCUGAACAAAGGCUAGUGGUACUGCUAGCUUAUCAUUCUUCUCCGAUAAUCUCUUCCCUUUCCGGGAAAAAAGUCCGAUCAGAAGCAACAGAUCUAAUAAACUCUAAAUUCUGCUAGAGAGAGAUGAAGUUCAAGGCGUUUCUCACUGAAAACGGAGUGAAUCUCUUAGAGAGAAGGUUCCUUCCCGCGUUUGACAAAAUGGGCAAAACCUGUUACCUCUUCCUCACCAAAGACCACUUGUUCUUCCUCCACAACCUUCUCAACGGCGACGGAGUCCAAUGCAUUGCUCAGUUCCGCAUCGACGUCCUCUUCGACGACUACCGUAUCUCCAGCCAGAACGACGACCGUAUCGCCUUCUCCCUGGACGUUUCUCUUCUCUACCGUGCUGUCAAGAGCAGUGUCAGCAUUUGCACUGAGUUCAGCGGCGGGUUGGCUUCCAAUAGGCUUCAGAUCAAGCUUGUGAAGAAGCUCCCUCAUAACUGUACGCAACCAAUGCCCUUCUUGACGUUUGAGACCAAGGGGUAUAAAUCUGCUGUCAUUCAAGAUGUUCCCAUCUCCAAACCGCUGUCUCGGUCUCAAGUUGUGGAGCUUCAGACAGCUCUUGACUCUGCUCAAGACCUGCCUCCCACUCUCGUUCAGGUCCAGGACCCGAAUCAGUUACAGAACUUUGUGGACCGUAUGAAACAUGUUGGGGAUGUGCUUAAUGUUACGAUAAGCAAGCAUGGUGAUCUUCAGGUGCAGACCUCCACGACAUUGAUAAGGCUUGGCUCUGAGUUUCAGAGGCUUUCGGUUGUUGGUGAGAAGUCUCAGGCUCCUGCUGAGGAUAGGAACUUGAGCGCUCAGGCACGGUCAGAGAGAGCGAUUGCAAGAGGAGAUGCUCAGUCUGUGCAGGUGAGUGUUAAGCACUUCUUAAAGAGCCUUCAGUGUCAUUUAACCAAACCAGACUCGGCUUUCUAUGGGAUUGCUCCUCAAGGUGCUUGCUUGACUGUCAUCUUCCAGUUCUUGGUUCCAGGGACUCGCCAAACCGACAAAUCUAUCACUUUGCAUUGCAGGCUUCCUGUCUUGGAUACAGGCUCCAACUAAAUCUUAAUGAGUGUUAGUAGUUUGCUUUUAUCAAAAAGACUUUCCGUUAAGACCAUAUAUGUACUACAUUACACUCCCCUACAAGCUCUCUCAAGCAUCAACAAUUGAACAAAAAGAAAAAGAAAAA